CAGCAGCAGAGCAGAGAGGGGAAAGAUGGCGGCGGCCGAGUCGGACAGGGAUCUGUCGUCCGCGCUUUGCUCCGAGUUCCUUAACUUCUCCGCUAAAGACACGGCCGCGAGAUGGCAGCAGGCCCCGGAGCUGCAGGCGGAGCUCUACCAGCACCUGGCCGUCUAUGUUCCCAGGAUCUUCUGCCUGGGGCCCAGCGGCGGCGGCGGCGGCGGCCAGAGGGAGGAGCUGGCCUGCCAGCUGCUGCUGCUCGCCCCGCUGGAGUGGCUGCUGCUGGGGGCGGAGCCAAGCGCCGGCCUCGCACAGCUGCAGGAGAACAACCAGCCCUCCCUGCUGUGUGGACAUGUGUUCAAGGUGGGAGAGCCCACCUACUCCUGCAGGGAGUGUGCGGCAGACCCCACCUGUGUGCUCUGUAUGCAGUGCUUCCUGGGCAGCGUCCACAAAGAGCAUCGCUACCGGAUGACUACAUCAGGUGGAGGAGGCUUCUGUGACUGUGGAGACACUGAGGCCUGGAAGAAAGGCCCUUACUGCCACAAACAUGAGCCCAACAACAGAGACACCUCACAGGAGGACCCCGUAGCCCAGCUGCCAGCUGACAUGGUCGUCCGCAGUUACAGCAUCUUCUCCAUCAUCCUGAAAUACGCUGUGGACAUGCUGACCUGGGAGCAGGAGGACCAGCUUCCUGCAGGGCUGGAGCCACCGGAGAAGGGGGACACAUAUUACUGCAUGCUGUUUAAUGAUGAAGUCCACACCUAUGAGCAGGUGAUCUACACUCUGCAGAAAGCGGUCAACUGCAGCCAGAAAGAGGCUGUGAGCUUCGCCACCACCGUCGACAGAGACGGCAGGAAGUCGGUUCGCUUUGGGGAUUUCCAGUUCUGUGAACAGGCCAAGUCUGUUAUAGUGAGGAACACCAGUCGUCAGUCGAAGCCUCUCAGGGUUCAGGUCAUGCACUCGUCUGUCGUGGCUCAUCAGUGUUUUGCUCUGAAGGCUCUCGGCUGGCUGGGACAGAUCAUACAGUACUCUGAUGGUCUCAGGAGGGUCUUGUGUCAGGUCGGGCUUCAGAAAGGUCCAGAAGGUGAAAACUCCUCGCUGGUUGACACUCUGAUGCUCUGCGACUCCAAGAUGUGGAAAGGAGCGAGGAAUGUAUACCACCAGCUGCUGAUGAACAGCCUCCUGAUGGAUCUCAAGUACAAGAAACUGUUUGCCAUCCAGUUCGCCAAGAACUACAGACGCCUCCAGACAGAUUUUAUGGAGGACGACCAUGAGCGCGUGGUGUCAGUGACCUCACUGUCAGUUCAGCUGUUCACCGUCCCGACUGUGGCCCGCAUGCUGAUGGUGGAGGAGAACCUGAUGACGACCAUCAUCAGGACGUUUGUGGAUCACCUGCGGCACCGAGACCUGCAGGGCCGCUUCCAGUUCGACCGCUACACGGCCCAGCAGGCUUUCAAGUUCCGCCGCGUGCAGAGCCUCAUCGGAGACCUCAAGUACGUCCUGAUCAGCCGACCGGCCGAGUGGAGCGAGCAGCUCAGGGAGAAGUUUCUGGAAGGUCUGGAUGCUUUUCUGGAGCUGCUGAAGUGCAUGCAGGGCAUGGACCCUGUUGUGAGACAGGUGGGUCAGCACAUAGAGAUGGAGCCGGAGUGGGAGGCGGCCUUCACCCUGCAGAUGAAGCUGACGCACAUCAUCUCCAUGAUCCAGGAGUGGUGUGCUACUGAUGAGUGUGUGUUGAUCGAAGCCUAUAAGAAGUGUCUGUGUGCGCUGGGUCAGUGUCACAGCGGCCUGCCAGACGGCGAGCAGCCAAUCAGCUUGAGCCUCGCGGGUCACAGCGUGGAGACGUUCAGAUACCAGGUGUCUCAGGACAAAGUCUCCAUACACCUGCCUGUGUGCCGGCUGCUGGCAGGUCUCCAUGUUCUCCUCAGUAAGACUGAACUUGCGUCUCGAUUCCCUGAGCAGCUGCCACUGGGUGAGCUAAGCCCCCCCCUCCUGAUUGAACUUCCUCUGCGCUGCCUGGUGCUCUGUGCCCAGGUGCAUGCUGGGAUGUGGAGAAGGAACGGUUUCUCGCUGAUCAACCAGAUCUACUACUACCACAACGUCAAGUGCCGGGUGGAGAUGUUCGACAAGGACGUCAUCAUGUUACAGGCAGGAGCAUCCAUGAUGGAUCCAAAUCACUUCCUGAUGAUCGUCCUGAGUCGCUUUGAGCUUUUUCACAUUUUCAGCUCCGCAGACUGCAGGAAGAGAUACAGAGACGGCAACAAAGACGUGGUGCAGCAGAACAACACUCUCAUAGAGGAGAUGCUGCACCUCAUUAUCAUGGUUGUUGGUGAGCGCUUCGUGGCAGGUGUGGGCCAGGUGGAGCCGUUCGAUGAGGUCAGGAGAGAAAUCAUCCACCAGCUGUCAAUCAGACCGAUGGCUCACAGCGAGCUGGUCAAGGCCCUGCCUGAGAACGAGAACAAGGAGACAGGUCUGGAGCGAGUCAUUGACAGCGUGGCUUCAUUCAGGAAGCCUGGUGUGACGGGCAGAGGUCUGUAUGAGCUCAGAGCAGAGUGGACCAAACACUUCAACCUCUACUUCCACCAUUACUCCAGAGCUGACCAGUCCAAGGCAGAAGAGGCUCAGAGGAAGCUGAGGCGGCAGAACGGAGACGACUCGGCCCUGCCCCCCCCGGCGCUGCCCCCCCUGUGCCCGCUGUUUGCCAGUCUGGUGAACCUGCUGCAGUGUGACGUGCUGCUGGCUGUAGAGGGCGCCGUGCUGCAGUGGGCCGUGGAGCCCAGCGGGGGGGGCUGGACCGAGUCCAUGCUGCAGAGGGUGCUCCACCUGGUGGGCAUGGCUCUGCUUGAGGAGCAGCAGCAGCUGGAGAACAGCAGCGGAGAUGAUGAUGUCACUUUCAACUACACCAGCAAGAUCACACGUCCAGGAGAGGCUCCCAGCACAUCAGGAAGUGUUCUGGCUCUGCUGGAGAGUCUGCAGAAUGCACCUCACCUGGAGGUCCACAAGGACAUGAUCACCUGGAUCCUGAAGAUGGUGGCCAACAUCAAAACCAUGAGGGAACGCAGCAGCUGCAGCUCCACUGUCAGCACCAGCCAGGGACAGGGCCCAGAGGAGACGGUGCGGGAUAAGGACAAGGCGGAGAGGAAGAGGAAGGCGGAGAUGGCUCGGCUGAGGAGAGAGAAGAUCAUGGCUCAGAUGUCGGAGAUGCAGAAACAUUUCAUCAACGAGAACAAAGAACUUUUCCAGCAGAGCCUCGAGGAGCUGGAGGCGUCCACGUCUGCUGCCCCGCACAGUCCUCCCGGUGCGGAGGUGUGUGUGUCGGAGGUGUGUGUGGGUCCCAGGCGGUCAGGGGGCGGGGACAGGCGUCAGCUGGUCACCUGCAUCCUGUGCCAGGAGGAGCAGGAGGUCAGAGGUCAGGGCAGGGCCAUGGUGCUGGCCGCCUUCGUGCAGAGAUCCACUGUCCUGUCCAAGAACCGUGGCCGGGCCCCGCCCAACCCAGAGCAUCACGAUGCCCUCUUCAUGCACCCUGACUUGGCAUUUGGCACACACACGGCAAGCUGCGGGCACAUUAUGCACGCCACCUGCUGGCAGAGGUACUUCGAGGCGGUGCAGCUGAAGGAGCAGCGGCGGCAGCAGCGUCUGCGGGUUCACACGAGCUACGACGUGGAGAACGGAGAGUUCCUGUGUCCGCUCUGCGAGUGUCUGAGCAACACCGUGAUCCCCCUGCUGCCACACACACACACACUGCACAGUGCGGAUCAUCCGAGUUUGGAGGCGUGGCUUCAGUCAACCAAUCAGCAGAUUGCAGCUCUGCACGCUGCACACAGGAAGUCUGAUGGUGAAGCAGCAGCUGACAGGGAGGAUCUUGCUGCUCCUGAAGGUUUCAGAGUUGACUUCAUUCCCCCGAACCCGUUCUCUAGCAGCGUCAGGGAGAUGAUCACCACCUUCAGCACGGCCACGUACAAGGUGGGCCUGAAGCUGAACCCCAACGAGCAGGACCCCCGGGUGCCCGUCAUGAGCUGGGCCAGCUGCGCUUACACCAUGCAGGCUAUAGAGCGCCUCCUGGUGGACGAGGACAAGCCGCUGUUUGGCAGCCUGCCCUGCAGACAGGAUGACUGCCUCAGCUCUCUCGCCCGGUUUGGCUCCGCCUGCUGGACUGCAGCUCCACCCAGCACAACACACACACACUUCAUCAGGCUGUUCGCAGCUCUGGUUCCAGACUCGCAGGUGGAAAACACUCCCUGCAUCCUGGAUGUCGACAUGUUCCACCUGCUGGUUUACAGCGUGCUGGCCUACAACUCAGUUCACUGUCUCGACCAAUCGGGACGCGCUGUGGUUGACUCCGCCCACCUCCACCUACUGCACCUGAUAACUGUGGCUCACCUGGUCCAGAUCCUGCUUACCUCCACAACAGCAGAGGAGGUCAGUAUGGAUCAGGACAGUGGAGGAUCAGAGGAGGAGGAGCUCACCUGCCUGCUGUACAACACACUGAGGAAACACCUGUGCAGUGUUCUGCCUGAGGUUUCUUCUGGCUGGCACCUGUGGCGUUGUGUUAAAGCUGGCGUGCUGCCCUUCCUUCGAGCCGCCGCCCUUUUCUUCCAUCACCUGAACAGUGCCCCGCCCCCCGCCGAACUGCAAGUUGCAGGUCCUGGCCAGUGGGAGGCGCUGUGCAGCUACCUCAGUCUGCCCUGCAACCUGCUGCAGCUCUACCAGAGCAAACACACACUACUGGAGCCUCUGCUGCAGGGGUGGUGCUGUCACCCUGCGGUGAAGCAGACGCUGCAGGGAGGCGGAGUCAUCAUCAGGUUCCCCAGAGAGUCCAACCGGCUGAUCGACCUGCCUGACGACUACAGCGCCCUGAUCAACCAGGCGUCCAGUUUCACGUGUCCCAGGUCGGGGGGGGACAAGUCGCGGGCUCCGACGCUGUGCCUGGUGUGCGGCUGCAUGCUCUGCUCCCAGAGCUACUGCUGCCAGACGGAGCUGGACGGGGAGGACGUGGGCGCCUGCACCGCACACACCUUCACCUGUGGAGCCGGCCUCGGCAUCUUCCUCAGGGUCAGAGAGAGUCAGGUUCUGUUCCUGGCUGGAAAAACUAAGGGCUGCUUCUAUCCCCCCCCCUACCUGGACGACUACGGAGAGACGGACCAGGGCCUCAGGCGGGGGAACCCCCUCCACCUCUGUCCUGAGCGCUACAGGAAGAUCCAGCGUCUGUGGCGUCAGCACGGCGUCACCGAGGAGAUCGGCCACGCCCAGGAAGCCAAUCAGACGCUGGUGGGCAUCGACUGGCAGCACCUGUGAGGCAGGCUCCGCCCCCAGAGACGGCCGAGAAGCUGCCACUGCUGGCCCCACCCCCUUUUUACCAGACCCUCCCCCGGGCGACGCCCUCGGCGGCUUUCAGGGAUUUUUAUUUGUUUUUUUUUUGUUUUGUUUUGUUUUGUUCUGUUUGUUUGUUUGUUUAGGGUUUUGUUUUGUUUUUUUUCCUCCAACCUGUUGACCCCACCCACCAGGGAGGAGAAUACCCAAACAGCAUCAAGGCCACACACACACACACACACACACACACACACACACACACCUUGAGACAAGUGUUUUUGCGUUCUUUGCAUUUGAAUCUGAAAUCUUUAUUAACUCUCCUUUCAAAACAUAAACAACAGAUAAACAACGGUGUGUGUGUGUGUGUGUGUGUGUGUGUGUGUGUGUGUGUUGGGUCCCAGGUGGGGUUUGGUUUUUUUUUUUCGUUGUUGAGAAGCACAACGAGACGCCACUUUCAGAUUUUCUGUUUUUAUUUUUGCCUCAGAAACAUGUAGACACACACACACACACACACACACACACAGCCAUUGGAACACUGAUCAAUGAACUUUAAAUCAGACUGCAUUAUAUCAGAAUGAACCAUAUUGAUUUUUACAUCAGUCAGUAUAUUAGCACACACACACAUACACACACACACCUUUUUUUUUUUUUAAGGUAAACGUGCUUGCUUGGAGCUGUGUGAUGUCACUUCCUGUUUAAAUGAGUUGAAUGUGUGACUUUUUUUUUUAGUAUGGCCUUGUGUUAAAACUGAUGUGAGAAACAUCCUGAUCACUCACACACACACACACUCACACACUCACACACACACACACACUCACACACACACUCUCACACACACACACACACACACACACACACACACAGAGCCUGUGUUCAGGUUCAGCAUGUCUGACUGUUAAUAUGUGAAUUCUUGUAUAAAUCAAAGGUUGUAAAAUAAUGUAAACCAACAAAACAAAAUAAAAAAGUGAAAACGUG